CAUUAUCUCAGCUGAUGCCUAUAAUAGGGAGAAGUUCAAAUUAGGACUUGAGCAGGGGAUGUCAUUGUCAUGGCUUCUGGUGUCGAAUGGGUCGAGAUACAAUGCCCAAGAACCGGUGAACCCAUGUUCGCAAACCUUGAUACUGGCGAAUGUCUUUGGGAAGCUCCUCUAGGCGCUACUGUAAAGGGGUCAAGUGUUAAUCAGUGGUGGGAGUUAUACGAUCCCAACUCUAACAAGAACUACUACCACAACAGUACAACGGGGGAGACAGUAUGGAAGAAGCCACGUGGAGCAGAGAUACUGCCGCUCACCAAACUACAGGCUAAAAGUGGACCACAAAACCAUGCUCGAAAUGGUAGCAAGUACGGGCCCACAGAUACGCUCUCCAACAACAACACCGCCUCGCGCCCCUCCCCCAACAAGACCCCGUCCCACCGUGAGGAAGUUCUCGCUGUCUCCACCACCGCUACACUCGACCGGAACAGUCUCAACUCUAACCCUCCUCCCAUCUCUCCGUAUGCGGUGAAGCCCAUGAUAGGCCAAAACAACCACCAGCAGUCCAUUAAACCAAAUAAACGUGGCAAGCUGCCCCCACCCAUAGCAACUAAACCUGCCACUUUGAAGAGACCUGCUCGGAUCUCUAACGCUGGGGCUAAGACCCAGGGAGAGGAUACACCUGGCAGUACAACAGACACUACAUCCACCCGUACAGACACACACACGGACACCACCAAGGGAGACGAUCCUCCCCCCCUUACUGCUGUUAAACAGGUUGAGAGUAGUGUUGAUUCUAGUAGGGAGGGCAGUGCCGCGUCAGAUCCUAUGAACCAGUUCUUGGUGCCGUCUCGUAAUCUCAGCUCAACAGGACGGUCGAUAGAGAACCUGUCAAAUAUAGACAGUGACGGAGAGCAAAUACCGGACAUACCAGCGAUGGCAAAUCACGACUAUAACCAUGGCAACGACCAUAACAGCUCCGUCAGAUCCAAUAUCGACAAGAUUAAACAGGCGAGUAGCACGUGGUGGCUUUCUGUGACGGAAUAUUUCAAUGAGCAGCUGGCCCCAGCUAAACGGUCUCUCAGCAUCAGCAGCAGGAGUUAUAGCUCUCAUAGUAUUAACCGUCAAGACACUCGAUUCUCCUCGUUUCACGAUUACGGUGCUCCUGUAAAGUACUCCGCCUCCACUCCUAGUGACCCCAGGAACACACCUCUACCUGGGAAGGAGAAUGAUACCACACCCUCCAUGGAGGCGGGAGUGAGUCCUGUCCGGAUAGAAGUGGAUGAGGCUGAUGAUGAUAAUAAUGAUGCUGAUGAUGAGCUGCUGGAGGAUGAGUUGGUGGAGUGUGACGGGUGUUUCUUUGAUUCGGAGGAUCAGGAUUCUCUGUUGUUUGAGGACGCUGCUGGGCAUGUCUUUCAGUGGCUUAAAAAGAGACGACACAGUGCAGAACUAUCACCAGCUCCCAAUAAGGAUAAAAAAGGUGGUAAAAAGCCUCCUGUAAUACGCUCCCCCACAUCUCCCAUACCAAAACUACCGAAAGAGAAGGAGUUCGUAAAGAAACACAUCAACCGUCCUCGUGGCUUUAUCAAGAAAGUCUCCAUAGCUACUAUGUUGGCACACUCAAAGGAUCAGAUAAAGAAACCUAUAAUUUUAACUCAAGACAAGGAAGUUAGAAAAGAUGCGGUUAUCUGGUUUAAAAAUCUACAAGAGUAUAUGGGGGACACUAAGGUUGGCAAGGGAUUAAAAGACAAAGAGAGAUUAAAACGAGCUGCCGAGCUAACAUUUAAUGGCUGGCAGAAAGUGUGCUUCAGGGAUGAGUUCUUCAUGCAAGUUAUCAAACAGACCACUUGCAAUAAUAAAUCAAAAUCUUUGGAAUGGGGUUGGAAGUUGAUCUCAGCUUAUCUUUACUACUUCCCGCCAACGAUACGAUUCCAGGGUUAUCUGGAGGGUUAUUUGUACAAAAAUAAAGAGAAUGACUUAAACCAGUGCGAGGUUCCAGUGCAAUUGUAUGCGGAGUACUGCCAUGAGCGACUUGCUAAGAUGAUCACCCGCGGAGCGAAACACGGUCAGAAGAAACCAACUGACGAUGACAUUGCUCAUGCCAUGCAACUCCCGUUCAAGAAGAGCAUGUUCGGAGCGACGCUAGAGGAGGUGAUGGAGCUCCAGAAGGAAACCCACCCUGACCGUCAUCUACCCUGGGUGCUAACUCUUCUAGCUGGCAAAGUUAUUGAGUAUGGUGGCUUCUCCACUGAGGGGAUCUUCAGAGUGCCAGGAGAUAUAGACAAGGUGUGUUCUCUGAAAGUAUCAUUAGACAACGGAGAGUACCUGGCAGAGUUCCCCACUACUGAUGCCCCUGUGUGUGCCUCACUUCUCAAGGAGUGGACCAGAGAGCUAUACGACCCCGCAAUUUGCCACGACACCUACCAAAAGUGUUUAGAUAACUGUGAAAAUGCGACCUUUUGCUCCACUAUAGUUUCAGAGCUGCCUGCCAUUAACAGACUCGUCGUCACGUUCGUCAUCAGGUUCCUUCAGGGUUUCCUAACGGAGGAGACGAUAAAGAAGACCAAGAUGACAGCAGACAACCUGGCCAUGGUGUUUGCCCCUAACCUACUCCGGUGCCCCAGCACGGACCUCCAGGUUGCCAUGGACAACUCCAAGUGGGAGAUGACUUUUGUCAGGACUCUAAUAAACCAUUUAGAUACCAGUUAUAUGGAGGGAGUUGUGUGAUAUUGAGGAGACUUACAUUCCUCUCUCAGAGAGCUGGCAGCUAGUUACACAUUUCUCACACGUGCAGUUCCACGUGUAGUUUCAUAGAACACGUGGACUGCCACGCGCGGCACGUGCUUGUGCGCGCACCACACCGUGAAACCAUCAAACACCGUGUGUACGACACGCAGACACAAAAGUUCAGUUUUUAGUUUGAUUUGGCGUUUUUUUGACGAUCAGCAUGUUUCAUAUUAUGUGCAUAUUAAUAGCAUAUUAUGUUCUAUCAAAUACUUGACGUUCCUCAUGUUUUUACAACUACAAGUCUUCCACUUAAUCCCUGCUAACAUGAGAUUUUAGGAAAUAUUUGAAAACCUGUGGCCACAAAAGGGGUCCGUUUAAAUUCCAAAAAGCAAAUCACAAUUAAUUAGACUUUAAGUAGGAAAUUAAUAGCUUGAUGUAACAAUUUUUAAGAGAGCUAGUAUAAAACUAGAUCUAGAAAACCAGAUAUAACAUCUUUUAAUUUUGUUUUUUGCAUCGAAUGUGGCUGAUGAUUAUAAGUAAGUUUGUAUUAUGUUAUGUUGCUUUUUAUGAUUGUGGUUGUACUAUUUUUAGGGUCUUGAACUGUGCUCAAUGCCCUUCACUCGAUGAUUUAAAAUCUAAGAUAUCGAUUAAAAUGUAUCAGGUGAAGGGAUGCUGGAUAUAUCUUAUUUUUAGGAGUACAUAAGCAGAGAUAAGAUCUCAGUUUGGUUAGAUUAAUACCUUUUUCGUUAAGAAUUGUCUGUUUCAAUCAUGACUCGUUAGCACACGAUGCUUCUUGAAAAUGAGUGGUGGAUGUCUCAUUUCCUAUCUGUGCAGCACGUGGUAAAACUUUGUCUAUCACAUGGUAGAAUACUAAACAGAGGCAGUUAAUAAUGACAACGUUAAACGGUGGUUACUUGUACCGUUUUCAGCUCGUUUCUGGAUUGCUUUUACAAAUUUGUUAGAGUCGUUACUAUAUAUUUCUGAUAUUUACUGAUUUUGUAUUGUAAUUUUCACGAAAUGAAAGGUACGAAUUGUUAAUUCAUUUUAGAA